CAAAACUUUUGUUUUCGGCACCCUUCGUUCAGUUUAGAAGCGCCAUCUUUGAAAUAGUUCUUUUUCCCGUAGACACCGACGUGUAGAAAACGUGUGAUUCGUUGCCGUGUGUCUAAUUUUCCCAAUUUUCCGGUAAAAUGGGUUUCGUCAAGGUAGUCAAAAAUAAGCAGUACUUCAAGCGGUACCAGGUCAGGUUCCGCAGACGUCGCGAGGGCAAAACCGACUACUAUGCCCGCAAGCGUCUGAUCUUCCAGGACAAAAACAAAUACAACACUCCGAAGUACCGUAUGAUUGUCCGUCUGAGCAACCGGGACAUCACCUGUCAGAUCGCGUACGCCCGCAUUGAGGGUGACCGUAUUGUCUGUGCUGCUUACUCGCACGAGCUCCCUCGUUAUGGCGUUAAGGUCGGUUUGACUAACUACGCCGCUGCCUACUGCACUGGACUUCUGGCGGCUCGCCGAAUCCUGCACAAGCUUCGCCUGGACACAGUGUACACCGGAUGUACCGAUGUGACCGGUGAAGAAUACAAUGUCGAGUCUGUCGAUGAAGGCCCAGGAGCCUUCCGUUGCUACCUGGAUGUCGGUCUUGCCCGCACCACCACUGGAGCCCGUAUUUUCGGUGCCAUGAAGGGUGCCGUCGAUGGAGGACUGAACAUCCCGCAUACCGUCAAGCGAUUCCCAGGAUACGAUGCCGAGAACAAGAGCUUCAACGCUGAAGUUCACCGUGCCCACAUCUUCGGUAAACACGUCGCCGAUUAUAUGCGCACCCUGGAGGAAGAGGACGAGGACGCCUACAAGCGCCAGUUCAGCCGGUACAUUAACCUUGGAAUCAAGGCUGACGACAUCGAAACCAUCUACAAGAACGCUCACGCCUCCAUCCGCAAAGACCCAGUGUUCAGCAAGAAGCCAGAAAAGAAGGUCACCAAGAAGCGACACAACCUGGCCAAGCUUACCCUGGAGGCCCGCAAGGCAAAGAUUGCCAAGCACAAGUCCGACUACCUGGCCAAGAUCCAGGCCGAUGUGGAGGCAUAAGCGAGUGUUUGACGUUCUGCUAUCUUUUGCCGUCAGCUGUAAUAGAAGGUUCUCUAGCGUUACAAAAGUACAUCAUUGCCGGGCUGCCGCGCAACCUGCGUUUCUUCCUUCAAAAGUACAUUAUCGUUUUGUAUAAGUAAACA